AUGCAACGCCUCGCCGGAGCAGGCGCGUCGCUCUCAAACGCCGCCAAUCGUACCGAAUCCAACCUUUUCGACGUCGUCGACGGCCUCCGAGACCUCUCCUCCUCCUGUAACCUAUUUUCCGGCGGCUCCGCCACCGACGCCAAUUGCUUGAUCCGGUCCAACAACCUCCGAGAGCUCUCCGAUUUUGUUGUCUCCACGCCGGAAAUCCCUUUCGCGAAGCCUGUCCCGCGGCUGAGACCCAGCGGAGUCACUUCGCGUGCCCCUCACGCGCCGCCGAAAGCGAGUCAUGUUCCGGUUUGGUUGCCGUCGUUCCCCGACGCAAGCCUUUACCGGGAAAGCUCCUGUGUGAAACAGAGGUCUGAUCGUCUCUGGGAGGAAUCCGAUUCCGUGAGAGAGAGCUUCUCCUCCGGUUGUGAAAUUCCGCCGGCGAUUUCGACAUCCAGCGGUUGUGGCGGAAGAUGCGGCGGCGAGUUGUCGGGGAGGAGGGAUAAAGUGAGGUUUAAGUUGGGAAAAAAAAUCCGCUACAACAGAACCGGAUCCGAACCGGCCGGUUUAUAA